AUGACUGAAUCCAACCUAUCCAUCCUUGAACAGGUCCAUGAGACGGUGGAAUUCCUGAAUAGACGACUGCCCGAGGGCCUGCAAAGACCAAAGGUUGCAGUCGUUUGUGGCUCCGGGUUGAGUGGUCUGGCGGACACCAUCCAAGCAGAACCUCGCGUGGAAUACGACUACGCCUCGAUUCCUCAUUUCCCCCGUCCAACUGUUGCGGGACAUGCGGGCAAGCUGGUUUUCGGGCUCUUGGAUCAGAAGAUUCCCGCAGUAUUCAUGGUUGGCCGUGCCCAUUAUUACGAAGGGAAUUCGAUGGAUCAAGUGACGUUUCCGAUCCGAGUGUUCAAGCUCUUAGGAGUGAACACGGUUCAUAUCUUCCUAGCAGGCCUCGCUGGAUUGCAUCCUCUCAGAGGCGCCAACAUUGAGGAAUUCGGUGUUCGCUUUCCACCGUUGUCGGAUGCAUAUGACCUGGACCUGCGUCGCCAUGUCCAUCAAGUGUGGAAAGAAAUUAUUCCUUCGUCAAACGUCAGGAGAUUACACGAGGGAGUGUACGCUUUUGUGGGGGGGCCAACUUACGAAACAAGGGCCGAGAGCCGCAUGCUUCGAAUGCUGGGUGCCGACGUGGUGGGCAUGUCUACCGUGCCAGAAAUCGUGGUGGCAAGGCAUUGCGGCCUCCGUGUGCUCGCAUUCACGCUAGUUACAAACAAUGCGGUAUUGGCUCCUGUUCCCCGGGGAGACGAAGAAUUGUUGGAAGGCAAAGAUACCAGCGAGCUCAAUGCCAUUCUGGAGAAGGGCAAGGCAACCCAUGAGGAGGUCCUGGAGGCUGGCCGCCAAGCGGCUUUGGAUAUGCAGCAACUGGUGACGCGAACUCUCGUGCGAGUGUUUGGCCAGCCGUAG